GCCGAUUAGAUACCAACAUCGUGACUUAACGCAAAUCACUCACUUAAAGCCCGCGAACUCCAAAAUAAUCCAUCAAUUCGCGGUUUGAUUUCCACCGGGCUGGCCAUUAGUUCUUGUACUACUUGUUCCACACAAUCAUGUCUAACUUGAAGAGUGACGCAGUUUUCAAGAGAAUCCAAGAUGGUGUUAAGGAAAAUAUAGCAAAAGCAAAGAGCGUGAACGGCGUGUUUUCCUAUAAAAUUACGCAAAAUGGAAAAGUCGUGAAAGAAUGGAUUUUGGAUUUGAAGAACGGAGAGGUGUACGAGGGCCCAGCGAAAAACAUCAAAGUGGACACCACCCUGACUGUCAGCGAUGACGACAUGGUGGAAAUCAGUCUUGGAAAACUCAACCCACAAGCUGCUUUCAUGAAGGGAAAACUGAAGAUUGCCGGCAACAUUAUGCUCACGCAGAAGUUGGUGCCUCUUUUGAAAACGGAGUCCAAGUUGUAAACUAGCACUUCGGACUUGUUCCCAAGGGGGAUGUUACUUUUUCUACACUAUUUUUACUGUUUGUGCAAUUCUGUGCAGAGCAAUCUAUGGGUCUUCAAGUGAGUUCUGAUUUUGAAUGGUUUAAAUGUUGACAUUUUAGUUACCAACUUGUAUUACGUCCUUAAGUUAAUCUAGUUCUUUAAUAAAACAAUAAAUGGGCA